AUGGAGCCAUCCGCUUCUACAUCAUCAGAUCAUAUUCGGAACAUUAACGCCAAAGUGUUUAUUCAUGAAAAUGGCUUGGAACACACAGCCACUCAAGUCCGAAGAAUGAUCCUUCCUUAUGGACAAUGCAAUCUUGAAAAGUUUUUACAACAAGUCAAUGAAGCCUUGGAAGUUUCUCCAUUGAGCCCGAACGCGAUCACGAUUGAUAAAUAUUCUCUGAGAUAUCAAGAUGAUGAAAAAGAUUGGAUUGAUUUUUCAUCUGAGGUAGAAUGGACAUCAGCUCUGCAUUUAUGCUACACUUCGCAAAUCACAUUAUUUAAAAUUCAAAUCGUCCCCAAAGAAUUAUAUUUAAAAAAGAAUAAAAUGUUGACAAGUCACAGAUUUACACCCUAUACAACAUCAUCACGAAAUAAUAGACAAAACGAUAGAGAUUAUCUUGGAAAUGUUGUAGAUAUUUUAGUGCCCCCUGAAAUGCAACGAAAUCUGUUACAAUUAAUCGGCAAAAUGGCAUCUACUUCCCAAGAAAAUUCAACUUCUAUUGAUGCUGAAAAUGGCCCACAUUAUGGAACAGUAUGUGACGGUUGUCAAAUCAAAGAUUGGAUGGGAAAGAGAUACAAAUGUAAAGAUUGUGACAACUUUGAUCUGUGUGAGGACUGCUACAAUAAUCCUUCAAUCAGAGAACAACACUUUAGUGGAAAUCAUACAUUUAUGUUGCAUGUUUUGCCAAAAAUUCCAGAGCAAACCGAUGAUGCAGCAAAUAUGCAAUCCCUCACCCAAUCUUUUGACAAAACAUUAACAACCUCUCCAAGUAGCAAUAGCCUAUCGAGUCAAGCUCCCUUUGAAAAGGAACUAUUAAUGUUGCAUGACAUGGGAUUUUUGAACAAGUCCAAAAAUUUAAUUCUUUUGGAAAAGUACAAGGGUGACAUUCAAAAAGUUGUGGUUGAUCUGCUCAAUGAAUCCAAAAUAUCAAACGAAGAUAAUAAUUUUUAUUAUAUUUAA